AGCAGCAGCCGCCGCCGCCGCCGCAGCUGAGGGGGGAAAGGGAGCGGGCGAGCGCGGGGAAAGGUGGCGAGAGGAGGAGUGUGGGGUGGCUGGGCUAAGUUCUCCCGCCCCCUCCCCAUUGCCCCCCGGGGAGCUGCUGACCCCCAAGCCCCUGCAGCUUGGCCCUGCUGGGCAGGUGGCUGCACCCGCCCGUUUGGCCCUGGUGGGUGGUGGCAGGGUGGGUAGGUGCUAGGCGAGUCUCCCCGCGGGGUGGGGAGCCGGAGCCAGGCUGCCCGCCCGUGCCACCCGGGUAACACGGUGCCUGCUGCUGCCAGGGCUGGGGAGGGACCCCGGGCUCUGCAGCGGCAGCUGCUGGUGUUGGGGGAGGGGGCUGGAGUGUGGCUCUUUGUUGCUGCUGUGUGAAGGGGACCCUCCUCCUGGCUGAUGUCUGAGCUGCACCACUACCUCCUCCAUCCGCACUUCGAUGUAGCUGGGAAGGCUUUGGGGUUGUUGUCUGGGUCUCAGGGCAGAGCCUGCUGGAGGCACUGGAAGUGGAUUGGUUCCUGGUCAUGCCCGGUGGAAGGAGGGGACCCAGUCGGCAGCAGCUAAGCCGUUCAGCUUUGCCUUCUCUCCAGACUUUGGUUGGCGGGAGCUGUGGCAACGGCACUGGUCUGAGAAACAGGAAUGGUAGUGCGAUCAGCCUCUCAGCUCCUCCCAUAACGGCCCUGAUCACCCCAGAGCCUGUGCGUCACUGCCGGAUCCCUGACCUGCCACUGGACGGGAGCCUUCUCUUUGAAUUCCUCUUCUUCAUCUACCUGCUAGUGGCUCUCUUUAUUCAGUACAUCAAUAUCUACAAGACUGUCUGGUGGUAUCCCUACAAUCACCCUGCCUCCUGCACCUCUCUGAAUUUUCACCUCAUUGAUUACCACCUGGCAGCGUUCAUCACGGUGAUGCUGGCACGGAGGCUGGUGUGGGCCCUUAUCUCCGAGGCCUCUCAGGUGGGCGCAACGUCAGUGAUUCACUACCUGGCACUGAUUAUGGCGCGCCUGGUGCUGCUCACGCUGUGCGGUUGGGUGCUCUGCUGGACUCUGGUCAAUCUCUUCCGCAGCCAUUCUGUGCUCAACCUCCUCUUCUUGGGCUACCCGUUCGGUGUCUACGUUCCCCUGUGCUGCUUCCACCAAGACAGCAGAGCGCAGCCCCUCCCAACGGACUGCAGCUACCUGGUGCAGGAUCAGAUGGUGGAUGACGGGACCUCAGGCGUUGGCAGCCUGGUCAAACCCAAAGACUUCCUCUCACUCCUGCGGGAGUCCCUGAAAGAACAGUUCAAUAACCCUACGGCCAUCCCAACCCACAGUUGCCCCCUCUCCCCGGACCUCAUCCGCAAUGAGGUGGAGUGCCUGAAAGCGGACUUCAACCGCAGGAUCAAGGAGGUUCUCUUCAACUCCCUCUUCAGUGCCUACUACGUGGCCUUCCUGCCGCUGUGCUUCGUGAAGAGCACCCAAUACUACGACAUGCGCUGGUCUUGCGAGCACCUCAUCAUGGUGUGGAUCAACGCCUUCGUUAUGCUCACCACACAGUUGCUGCCCCCCAAGUACUGCGACCUGCUGCACAGAUCGGCCGCCCACCUGGGCAAGUGGCAGAAGCUAGAACAUGGCUCAUACAGCAACGCCCCACAGCACAUCUGGUCAGAAAGUACGAUCUGGCCACAGGGCGUGCUGGUGCGACACAGUCGAUGCCUGUACAAGGCAGUAGGGCCUUACAAUGUAGCAGUGCCUUCAGACGUCUCCCACGCCCGCUUUUAUUUCCUCUUUCACCGUCCAUUACGGCUGCUCAACCUGCUUAUCCUCAUCGAAGGCAGCGUCGUCUGCUACCAGCUGUACUCCCUGCUGCGCUCGGAGAAGUGGAACCACACCCUCUCCAUGGCCCUCAUCCUCUUCUGCAACUACUACGUCUUAUUUAAGCUCCUUCGGGACCGGAUAGUAUUGGGCAGGGCCUACUCUUACCCCCUCAACAGCUACGGACUCAAGGCACAUUAACCUGCCAAACGCACCAAGCGGGGGGUGGGGGGAGGGAGGGAACCUCAGAAAAACUAUUUUCGUACAGUUCUAUUUUUUUCUUGCGCUGUUUAUAAAUAUUUAAGAUAUUUUAUAUUUUGUAUACUAUUGUUUGUGGGGUGGGAAGGGGGCAAGUGGCAAUUAAAUGUCGCUUUAUAAACAAGGUGUUAUUUUAUAUAUAUAUCUAUCUAUAAAAUCAGUGUGUAUAUACCGUAUAUCUAUAUCCAUACAUACAGUUAUGUGAAGCAACAGGCUUGUGCGUGUGGUCACUGUGUCUGCUUUGCUCACACAAUCGCACUGCCACUGUCUCUUAAGCCCUCUCUUGGGGAGUAGGGGGAGAGGGCAGGAGGAGUCUGUUACCAGGUAGAGAACUUGUCUCCUACUGUGGGAGUAUGAACAAACCCAAUGGUGGAGACUAAUCAACAAAGGGAACUAAAACCAGGGGAUUUCCAGAGGAUUUCCUCUGACUGCUUAGUACCAAGAGCCUUGCGCCCAGACACAUGCUGCUCAGGGACAUGUAUGCCCCUCUGGUGACAGAGAGGAAAAGCAUUUUGCUGCUCUAGCAGGUCAGUGCUAGGGCUUAGCACAGAAGCUGGGACUAAAUCCACAAAGGAACUUAGAUUCAGCAUUGCACUGCCUAACGGGUGCUCGGGUGCCUGCCUAGUAGAAUCCACAGCCCUGUGUUCAGUACUCAAGAAUGGGAUCCUUGAGAGGCAGCAAGCUGAAACAGGAGCCAUCACAAAGGGACAUGAGCAUCUAGUUCCAGGUUGGAGGGAAGCAUCUUUCUCUCAUCAUGACCCUUCUCCUUUAGUUAGGUGUCUGUCUGGCUCAUCACAAAAACAAGUAAUAGUGGUGCCAUAUUAACCCUGGGGUAAGAGCACUCGACUGGGAUGCAGGAGACCCAGGUUCAGUAUCUCCCUCUGUCUGAUGGGGAGCAGGGAUUUGAACUCACAUCUCUCACAAGAGUGCUCUGACCCCUGAGUUCUGGGAUCUUCUGCUGUAGGACUCUUGCCACGCUCCCUACCACUUUGUACAAAUAAUGGAAUGGUCAUUAAGGCCAGAGAAUGAGUGACUCUAGUGCUUAGCAAAUAGGCUUGGCAGCAUUGGAUUUUUUUUUUACAAUUUUACUGGACAAUAGCAAUAUUUGUUUAAGCAUUUUUAUCUAUUUACAUUUUCAGAGUUGUGCAAAAUUAGGGGGUAUCAGACAAUUAUUUAAUAAGAGUUGCUGUUAAUUCAGAAAGUUGAAGCUUUAGCUGUUCACACAAAUUGUCACCACCACCUAUCAAAAUAGAGUAAAUAGCCUUCAAUCAAACUCCUAAAGUCAAGAGAUUUCUUACUUUGCCUAUCUAUAAAUUAGUUAUCACUGGAAGUAUUUUUUCCAUCAGUCUGUGUGUGUGUUGGUGAAAUUGACAUUUACCAAUAAAAGUCUAAUCCUCCCAAGCCUAUCAGUACGUUAGAGCACUCCUCUAGGACACGGGAGGCUGUUCCUGACCACCUACCAUUUCAGGCCCUGCAAUCAAGCCAAGUGGGGUAAUGCCUGGUUUGAGAAUCUUCCUGGGGCUCUCGGGCCCAGCUUGAGGAAGCUGUGCACAUGCUCAGCCACAGAUUUUUAGAUGCCAGAGGAAUCUGGACACCUACAAGAUUAGGAGGUAGCUGAGUGAGGGUUUUGAGGAUCUACAUUUUGGAUUUUAUGUACCUAAAGUGGCAGUUAGGCAUCUAAAUCACUUUGUGGAUCUAGCCCUCACUCAGAAAUGCUGUUAACUAACAUAGGGCUUGCUGGGAGACACCCUGCCCAUUGAUUUUCUUCCAGAGGCUAAGGAGAUGUGAGCCCUUCCACGUAGAGGGGUUUGAUUCUUCUCUUCAGAGCAGAAGAGGCGUUCCCCUGGUUUAGAGAAUGGGCCAAACUCAAACCAGGUCUUCAACUCCAAUGGCACGGGAGUGGACUUGAAGCAGUUUAGGUUCCCCCCACCCCACCCAGUUGCUGCUGACAGCUUAUAACACCCCAGUGAUGGGAACCUUCUAAAGGCAUAUCAGGAAAUACUUUACAUGAAUUUGAAUCAGAGCAAAUCUGUUUCCAGCAUCCCCGGCCCUCUUCACAGCAGCCUUUUGAGGUCACCACUGCAAAUAGAGACCCUCAGUCACCUACAAAGAGCAGACUUAGCAGAGAAAGAGAGAACUUGUUUAUUUGAGUGAAAAUACAUCAUCCAUAACCAUCCCAAUGCAGGACAUUCUGGUAAAGUCUUCCAGUGCCUUUAGGCAAUACACAUACACUUGUAGCCCCUCCACAGAAAUGUACCAAACUAGAAUUAAGGUUACAGUUGGAAAAGUAUUUGUUUAUCAGUGAUAUGGCAGUUGCUCUUCUGAGGAAGAUACCAGAGCCUAGUUCUCAUUACUGUAACAACCUAGCUAAGCAAAGAGGAACUGAAAAACAUUCAGAGAGACCCAACAGUUUCACUAUCUCUAACUGCCAAUGAUGCUAGCAAUUAGCAGUGGCUGCUGAUGUUUCCCAGCAGGAACUGAAGGUAGAUGAGACAGUAGGGUCCAGUGUGGUGCUUUUCCAUUUGAAUGUCAUGAAACCAGCAGUCUUAAUCCUCAGGGUAAGGUCAGAUCCAUUUAGAAAAUGGAUUGAGAGGGGUUUAAAAAAACAAAAAAAAAACCCUUCCCUUUUUUUCCUGCAGUGAAAGCUCCACCUUUCCUAAUCAGGGAAAUGGGGGCGUGGCUCUUGUCCUACCCUGGCACAGCAGCAGUUUCUGCAACAACUUUAUAUUUAAAACCUUCUGGAAGUGAGGGUGUAGCAGGAAGAAUAUAUUGAAUGAAUCCAGGAGUUUCCCUGUUAAGUGCAUCUGUGUCAGGUGUGUUACUGAACAGGAUACGUAAGGAGCCUCAUCUCUUUAGUCUCUCACCUGGAAGCCCCAUCACCUACUCAGGUUUAGCGCUAGGCCUUUUCUUGCUCU